GGCGGGAAGAAGACGAGGAGCGGCGGCUCUCCGGCGGGGCCAGCCGCCACCAUGGGCUGCUGCACGGGGCGCUGCACGCUCAUCUUCCUCUGCGCGCUGCAGCUGGGGCUGUGUGCUUAUUUGCAACAGGAGAUGAAUACAAUGUAUGUUCAGCAGCUGGCUGGCAGCAUUAGAGAGACAGAUCUUUGACUUCCUUGGUUUCCAGUGGGCUCCUAUCCUUGGCAAUUUCCUACAAAUAAUAGUUGUCAUUUUGGGUUUGUUUGGAACCAUCCAGUUUAGGCCUCGGUAUAUAGUCGUGUACACGGUGUGGACUGCCCUGUGGGUCACCUGGAAUGUUUUCAUUAUCUGCUUCUAUUUGGAAGUAGGCGGACUUUCUAAGUACCUCAUCACCUUGGGUAGUUCAGUAGUCUGCACUCCUUCUCUACUGUUUUACAUAACAUACUUAAACAGCUGUGCAAGAUUGGAAACUGAUCUCAUGACCUUUAACAUCUCAAUGCACCGAUCGUGGUGGCGGGAACAUGGGCCUGGCUGCAUACGAAGGGUGGUGCGUCCUUCUGCUCCUGGCAUCCUAGAUGAUUACUCCUACGUCUCUGUGACAGGCUGCAUAAUUGAUUUCCAGUACCUAGAGGUCAUUCACAGCGCUAUCCAAAUAUUGCUCUCUCUGAUCGGAUUUGUGUACGCCUGCUACGUGAUCAGUAUUUUCAUGGAGGAAGAGGACAGCUUUGAUUUCAUAGGUGGACUUGACACAUACUCCUACCGACAACCCCCCCAGGAACAUGUUGAAUUAAAGCCUGUAAAGCCCGUAGGUCGAAAUAAGUAAUCAACAUUUACUCAAGACUUCUGCUGUCACUGAAGAAACAGAUAUUAGAAGAAAAGACUAACUUCAUGACUCAUUGUUCUGGAAGAAACACAUCAUCCGUUCCUCACGGCAUGUGGAUUAUUCUUCCCACAGGCCCAGUGUCAUUAUCAGCAUUGUUAUUUGGUAGCUCCCUGUAGAUGAUCUUGAAUUUUUCGAUAAUUUACUUAUAUGAACACUUGUAAAUUGUAAAUUUUUCUUUUUUAAUUUCAAGAUUUUUACAAUGUUUAGUGUUAAGGCAUGAAAACAAAGCAGCCAGUGAAAACUAUAAGGCUAUGUCUUUCUCAAGGAAGUCAGUAUUUCUUGAUUGAUGGAAUCAUACUGUGCCUAGUCAAGAUUGUGUCAGUAAACCAUAAUUUUGACCUCAAAAUAUGCAUCAGGAGUCAAAUAUUAACAGUGUAAAAGAGAUCAUUUUCAAUGCUAUAUGUAAAAUUUACAGUGUCCACUCCUUGCAUUGUUUGAACUACUGUAUGCAGUAGGAAUUGAUCUAUGACUCUUCUCGGCCAGAUGUUCCAGCACUAAAAUACUCAUCUAAUUAUUCCAGUUCAUAUAUGGAUCCUUCUCCAUCUUUAAUCUCUUUUGCCCUGAGCCCACCAAUAGUAGUUUUCUGCGAUCUGAAGGGAAGUAAAGUGGCAAUUCUCUAUGGAUGCCACUAUCUAGGAACCCUUAAAUGCAGAGCUCUUUGGAUGUCUGUGAUUUGCGCAUUUUUAAACCCUUCCUCCCUUUUCCCAGGAAGAAGCCACACAUGAAUGUAAAGUAUAGGCAUCAACUGAGCCUUAGGAGCUUCUGGGGACUUUUUGUAAUUUUGCUCUUAACUUAAAAGUAAACAAGAAGACCUAGAAAUGUGUAUAAAAGUUUGUAAAGUUGUUUGUAAAUACUUCUAGACAAAAAAUGUAUGUAACUCUGUGGUAUUUUCUGUCAUCACUAGUAUAAAGUGAUACACAAAAGCUGUUUUCUUUGGGGAACUGGCAGUCUUUUUAACAUAACUCCUUUCUCUCUUCUUAAUUAAUAUUUAAAAUAUUGUGCACAGUCAUAUAUCCACAAGGCCUACAUGCCUUAGCAUUCAGCGGGAAUUUCAUUAGGGCUUUGGGCCUGUUUCCCUCUUUAUUUCUUCUCUGUUUGUGGCUUCUUUGGCGAGGCUGUCAGGAAGGACAUUUCUUCUGAUAUGUAUAUCUCACCUCCCCACUCGAAGCUGAACAGAGGUCCACUAAGUUCCUUCAUAAAUACACUAAGCAGUCUUUGGCUGGUAAUCAACAUUCAGAACAUGAAUUUGCUGUCUUCUGUUGAAGCAUGCCUCGCUUGCAUUUUCAAAUCUGUGCAGAUUAGACCUAGAUGAAAGCUUGUCUUGAUUCUUUCCCUUUUAAAGUUUAUUUGUGUUAUUUGUCAAUGAAAAUGUUAACAAAUAUAAUGAAGGCAGAGUCUGUCAUUUUUAGGAGAUAAUGAAGAGCCUUGUGCUGCUUUCAUCUGUUUCCCAGUUAGUUGAACCAAGACCUCACUGUCUUUGGAGAAAACACAGUCUGAACAUAGGUUAACCUUCCCUGAAGCCAAAUACGAAGCAAGUGUUAAGACAAAGUCGACAGAAAUGACAAUUGAAUGAAACCUUUUAUUAGUAUUCCUAGGAUUAGAUAUACCUCAGACAGUACGUAUUUUUUGUGUGAAGUCAGACUGUGCAAAAAAGAGGAAUGCUUUAUAUGCAGAUAAUGUCCUUGUGUAUUUGUGUGUUCACUCAUACACUAUUUCCCCACAUAUUUUAGAAUACUACCAAGUAAGUGGUUUCUCCCAUCCUGAAGUCCUCAUCUUUACACUAAAAAGUAGAUAGUUUGUCACAAAACUAAUAUGAAUAAUAUCAUUUUUGAGGCAUCAUGAACAUUGCAGUGUGAAUUGCUUUAUAUCUGUAAUAUUUGAAUAAGGUGAUAACAUUCCUAUCUACUCCUGCAAUGUUUUACUUGCCCUUAGCACGAAUGAUUAUUUUGUUUCUUUACAUGAUGCCUUACACGAUGAUGAUGUCUAUCUAGCCAUUGCGUGCAGCCUUCUGUGUGUAUGAUGACUCCAGAUUUUCAGAGGCCGGGAUACCCAACUGCUGCUCAGAGUCUGACAGUUUGCAGAAGCUGACCUGUCUCAACUCUCUCGAUUACAGACAGAGUCCAGGAUGUGGGCAUUUAGCACAGAUUCCUAUGAUCAACACAAUUUUAUUUUGAGCUUUCCAUUCCAGUAUUAAUUUCCUGGCUUUAAUUAUUAUAACUGGCAGAUUGAAGGCUGGGGGCCUUGAACCCUAGUACUGUGCUCAGGAUCAGAGAAGAGGAAAAGCAAGGGGUGCUACAUUCCUUUCAGUUGCACAGAUUCUCCUCCAGAACUGAAUAAACUCUGUUCUGGCAGAGCUUUGAAAGCGUAUAUUUAAUUUUCUGCAAAGACAGAAACAUCUGCUGUACCAUGUUUUACAAAUUCAUCUGAGUGUAUUUAUUCCCUGCCUUUCUGUGGAACCUUCAGAUUUUCAGCUUACUAAUAGAGAACUGUGUAUAUAUCGCAAAAAUUCUGUAAAGGUAGAGUCUGACAUCUCUUCCUUGUGAAAUAUUGAUCAUUUUUUAGCUGGGGAACACAAACUAGUAUACCCUAAAUAAGCGUAAAAUCCCGGAAUCCUUACCAAUACAGCAAGGCUGCCAUCUGUCUCACUUAAUGAACAGAACGCUCCUGAUUGAGAGGAAUUUGUCUUCAUUAGAGCAAGCUAAAAUGCACACUGCAAUACUGAGGAAAACUGUCAUUCUUUUCUAAAUUGAGACAUAAAAAAUAGUACCAAUGAAUCUGUACAUGCUGGAAAAGAAAUCUUAAGAAUAAUAAAUGGAUUUGAAUGUUAA